AUGAAGGCAGCAGCGCAGCAGACAGAGGAAAUCAUUAAACGCGAGUUUACAAGGCCACCACCUGUCGAUACUAUUCGUAAUGGAGCUGCUUUUGGCCCUGCAGCUCUCGGUCUUGAACCAGAUUUUGUGCUAACCAACUUCAGCGCUCUCAAAGGCUGCGGCUGUAAACUCUCUCAGGCAAAGUUGUUGGGCUAUUUAGACGAUAUGGCAAAUGAUCUGAAACCCGACGAAACGCCAGGAAUGGACUUAAGUGUGGUCAAGAUUUCACAUGGAAAGAGCUUGUACCUUGUGUCUACUACUGAUUUCUUCUUUCCUUCGGUUGAGGAUCCCUAUAUGCAAGGCAAGAUUGCUUGUGCCAACGUACUGUCGGAUGUCUACGCAAUGGGUGUCACUGAGGUUGACACCAUGCUCAUGAUUCUCGGAGUUUGCAGGGACAUGAAUGAAAAACAGCGUGACAUUGUCACCACGCAGAUGAUCCGUGGCUUCAAUGACCUGGCACGCCAAGCGCACACCAACGUCACAGGCGGCCAGACAGUCAUGAACCCGUGGCCUAUUGUUGGUGGAGUUGCAAUGAGUGUGCGCAGCGAGAGCCAAAUCAUUCGUCCAGAGAAUGCCGUGGUGGGGGAUGUGAUUAUCCUGACAAAGCCGCUCGGUACCCAAGUUGCGGUGAACCUUAUUCAGUGGAAGUUAAAGCCUGAACGCUGGCAGCGCGUGGACCAGGUGGUGAAGCACGAAGAUGCCGAUGUGGCCUUUCAAAUGGCGUCGAAAUCCAUGGGUCGACUCAAUUUGAAUGCUGCGAAAAUGAUGCAUAAAUAUGGUGCACAUUCUGCAACAGACGUAACAGGCUUUGGUAUACUUGCCCACGCACGCAACCAAGCUAAGUCACAGCUGGGUGACGUUUCCUUCGAGCUGCACACGCUGCCAAUCAUUAAACACAUGGUCAAGAUAAAUGAGGCCGUUGGCAACACAUUCAAGUUGCUGGAUGGUUUUGCAACAGAAACAUCAGGUAGUUUGCUACUUUGUCUGUCCGCUGAGAACGCCGAAGCACUUAUCAAAGAGCUGCGCAAGCUAGAUGAUAAGCCUGCAUGGGUUGUGGGCCGCGUUGUCACCGGCUCGAAGGACGCUUAUAUUGUACCAAAAAAAUCCGACUAUCGUUGA